GAGACGACUGCAUCGGGGAAAUGCACUGUCGCGAGCUGCCGGUGCUUUCCUCCGACUCGUUUCUACAGUGAGAAAACCCCAGUCCUCUGGAAGACGUCUGCAAUGGCUCAGGACCGACUCGCAACAGUUUUAUCUCCAUGAACGACUACUGGUUGAUGAUUGGCCCCGUCGCUGUGGGUUAUCUCCUGUGGUGACUGCAGUUUCAAGAGUUUUCUCCUGUGAUUUUUCUCUGCCGUGCCGAUUCGUAGUCCAUCUUUUUCCCCUGAACGCGCACCACCGCUGCCAGGAUGGAGGACUCAUACGAUAACAGGACUUCCCUGGUUAAAGGGGCAAAGGACAUGGUGAAGGAGGCCAAGAGGCAUGCUAAGAAGAAGGUGAAUAAGGUGGUGGACAGAGCCUCAGAUGAGUAUUCGUCCCAUCACAACUACAACAGAUUUCAGGAUGAGGAGGACGAAGACGAGGACUUUUAUAGAAACCCACCCAGGCAGGAUGGUAAGGGCUACCAUGACAAUGAGGAGGGCUCCAGUGAUGCUACAGAAGGUCAUGACGACGAGGAUGAGAUCUACGAGGGCGAAUACCAGGGGAUACCCUCUGCAGCGGACAGAAAGCAUAAAGAGGGGCAAGUGGCGCUUGGUCAACCCAUCUCUGAUGCCUCCAGGGACCGAAAGGAGCUGGAGCAGGAGAGACAAGCUGAUGAAGAAGAGCUGGCUCAGCAAUACGAGCUGAUCAUCCAAGAGUGUGGGCAUGGAAGGUUCCAGUGGCAGCUGUUCCUGGUGCUCGGGCUGGCACUCAUGUCUGACGGGGUGGAGGUUUUCGUUGUGGGCUUUGUGCUUCCUAGCGCCGAGACUGACAUGUGCGUUCCUGACUCCAGCUCCGGAUGGUUAGGAAGUAUUGUUUACCUGGGAAUGAUGGUGGGAGCCUUCUUUUGGGGUGGGAUGUCUGACAAAGUGGGUCGCAGACAGUGUCUCCUCAUCUGCAUGUCUACCAACGGCUUCUUCGCCUUCCUGUCCUCUUUCGUCCAAGGAUACGGCCUCUUUCUUCUCUGCCGCAUCAUAGCAGGAUUCGGGAUCGGAGGUGCUGUGCCCAUAGUGUUCUCCUUCUUUUCAGAGGUGCUGUCUAGAGAGAAAAGAGGGGAACACCUGAGCUGGCUCUGCAUGUUCUGGAUGAUUGGAGAGAUCUAUGCGUCUGCCAUGGCCUGGGCCAUCAUACCCCAUUAUGGUUGGAGUUUCAGUAUGGGCUCAGCAUACCAGUUCCACAGUUGGCGGGUGUUCGUGGUCGUCUGUGCCCUGCCCUGCGUCUGUGCAGUGGUGGCUCUAACCUUCAUGCCAGAAAGCCCCCGAUUUUACCUUGAGGUGGGGAAGCACGAUGAAGCCUGGAUGAUCCUCAAACAGAUCCACGACACCAACAUGAGAGCGCGUGGGCAGCCCGAGAAAGUCUUCACGGUUAACAGAAUCAAGAUCCCAAAGCAGCUGGAUGAGUUGGUGGAAAUGGAAUCAGAGUCUGGAAACCCUUUUUCUAAAGCUUUCUUCCGGAUAAAGGCUGAGGUUCGCGGGAUCUAUCUGAAUCUAAUGAAAUGCUUCAACUAUCCAAUGAGGGAGAACAUGAUGCGGCUGGCCGUGGUGUGGUUCACUUUGUCGUUCGGGUAUUAUGGUCUGUCAGUCUGGUUCCCCGAUGUCAUCAAGCACCUUCAGGCUGAUGAGUAUGCGUCAAAGGUUCAGAUCCACCGGAAUGAACAUAUCGAGGAUUUCACAUUCAAUUUCACGUUGGAGAACCAGAUACACAAAAAUAGUCUUUUCAUUAAUGAUCGGUUCAUCAAUAUGAAGCUGAAGUCGGUGACAUUCUAUAACUCAACAUUUCGUCACUGCUACUUCGAUGAUGUUACAUCAGUGGGGUCCUACUUCCAUCACUGCACUUUCAUCGAUACCUAUUUCUACAACACAGAUAUUGAUGAAACCAAGUUGUUAGACGGCACUGAGGUGAUCAACAGCACCUUCACCCACAACAAGACCGGAUGCCAGAUGACCUUUGAUGAUGACUACAGUGCUUACUGGGUCUACUUCAUCAACUUCCUGGGGACGUUGGCCGUCCUGCCUGGCAAUAUUGUCUCCGCCCUACUCAUGGACAAAAUAGGCCGUCUGUCCAUGUUAGGAGGCUCCAUGGUGUUGUCAGGCAUCAGCUGCUUCUUCCUUUGGUUUGGCACCAGUGAGUCCAUGAUGAUUUUCAUGUUGUGCCUUUACAAUGGCCUGAGCAUCUCUGCCUGGAAUUCCUUGGAUGUGGUCACGACUGAGUCCUUCCCAACUGCCCGCAGAGGAACAGGCUUCGGAUUCUGCAAUGCUCUGUGUAAGAUGGCUGCAGUCUUGGGGAACCUGAUCUUUGGCUCGCUGGUUGGCAUCACAAAGGCGAUACCAAUCCUCAUGGCCUCGUCCGUGCUUGUGGGCGGAGGCCUGGUGGGGCUGCGGUUGCCUGACACCAGGGCCAACGUUCUUAUGUAACACCAGCGUUUGAAAAUCCAGGAUCGAGCCAAGGAAGCAACGAGCAAGGAAUGCAAAUAGCUUCAGACAACAUAUCAAUAAUUCACAUAUAAAUGUCUGUCAGACAUGUUUCCACCAAGCUGUACAGUAAUACCUGCUCAGAUUUCCACUUUUUUUAGGUUCAAGAGAGAAAAAAAUGAAAUGAGCUAAAUAUUGAAACAGUCUUAUUAGGACGCAGCAGAUGGGCAGAAAAGUGAAAAACAAGUCGUAAUGAGCAUCACCAAUCUGUUGUGUGAUAACGAAGGGAAUAGAUGAUCAGACAGAGGCCACAGGAAACAGAUGCCAGCAGCUGGGUCGCCCACAUACCCGUAGACUCACAAGCCGAGACCCACGUCUGUAUGAAACAUCAGUAGGAUGGAAAUAAGGAUUUGAUCUGCUUUAUUAUAACUCAUUGACAACUAUUCAAGGUGUUAAAGAGGGAGAGGGACUUUCAAACUAAAUACAACAAUUGGGUAAAAUAAAAUUGUACUCUGCUUAUAUUCUCAAAGCUGGACAGAAGCAUCGGUCAGCACACAUAACUGUUGAUCAUGAUCUGGUUUGGAUGAGAUAUGUUUGCACGAAAGGUCAAUAGUUGACCACUUAACUCGGAAGCUUCACUUUCAAGUAAUGGUAUUUUUCCGCAAUUUGACUGAUAAAAUUAUGUUGUUGUUUUUUUUUAGUUCUUGUAGCUUCCCCCUUUCAGACGAAAGGCGUUUAAACACGGUUUGACUCCUCAGGGAAACGGUAAUAACAAUAGCGCGAGUACAACAAUGACAUUAUAUCAACAGAAAAAACUAUUUAUUGUGCAAGAGAUAAAUUAAAUAAUUCACUUCUAAGUGAAGCAUAUUAUCCUUAAAUGCCCUAGAAAUGGUCUUAAACAGGAAAUGCAUCUUGUUAUAGCUUAAAACAUGUCUUCGUAACAUUAACACUGAUGUGCAUUUGCACUUGUAGUUUUUGUCUUCUGCAGACAAUUUAAACAGAUGCCAAGCCUUUUGCAUUACCUGCAGUUCAGAGAAUAAAUAAAUGCCAUAUUUAAAAUAUCUGCAUUUUCUUGUCCUAAUAAUGUAAUGAUAUGCUCUUGCUUUCUGCUUUAUUGAUGGACGUUUUUUUUUUCCAAAUGUGUUUACCUCGCUUGACUGUGAGACCUUGUCAAACUACUUCUCUGUUGGUUGCUUGUGGCGGUGACUUUUGAUGACGAUGUCAUGUCAUGCUGCUGUCUUUUAAAAAUACUCAAUGGCCUUUUCUAAAUGUGCCUCUCCUCAACUCGAGCUGUCUGCCCAUAGUCAUGUUCACUGAUCCACCAUUAUUGGCGUAGAUCAGUAACGGAAAUCUGUGUGAAACCUUUAUGAGAAGACCAAUAGGGUUAGUUCAACAGUUUGUGGUGACUCCUGUUCUCUUGAGGUCCACAUGAGGGAGGUUUUCUCAAAAUGGCUGAAGAAAAAAAAGCUAAAACUGAGCUGUGCUAGCUAUGAAGUAGAGAGCCCUGAGGGGUGCAAUUACAUAUAGAAUAUGUCCAGAAAGAAAAGCAGUGAACUGCCAUUUGAGCAGUGAAAAUGGCUCAAAGUAACAGCAGAUUUCAGGCUGGCCAGCCACUUAAACGUGGGAUUGUUGAAUCCAGUUUCCUGUCCAAAAUGUUCUGGCCAGUUAUCAAGGGGGUCUAACAGAAGCUUAAGGUCUCAAAAAGACUUUCAGAUUGUCACCCCUGAAACUUGGAACAACAGCUUUGUAUAAAACUUCCAUGCUGUGAUAAUACGACGGGUGUUGGCAGCCAACCUUGUCCAAUGGUUUUGAAUAUUUCAUGUUUUGUUUUUAGAAUCCUUGGAAUGAAUUGCUGUCCUCGCAGCCCAAGUUUGUAAGUGUUCAGUUAUCAUUGACAGAACAAUCAUUGCUUGCAAGCAAAGCAGCGACACUCCUCCAGUAUUCGACAGAGCGUUUCAAGUUUCUUGAGUUUGUUGAUAGAGCUCUGACUUGAAACUCAAAUUGAAACUCAAACCACAUCACUACACAUACUAAGUAGUCAUGCUAAACUAUUGCGUCAAGACAAAUAUCAUCGGAUAAUAUCUUACAUUUCAAAUUACAUUUAAGAAAAAAAAAACCAAAAAUCAGUCCUGAGCUGAGAGCAUCGCUGAAGCAGGGAAGUAAAUUUUGGGUGAAUAAACGCUUAAGAUGCAUCAUAAGGCUCUAGCAUAUUUCUUGUAGCGCUACGAUGAUGAUGUUAUUGCGGGUGGUGUUUUGAAUGCUCCUCUUUUAGCUGCUGUGUAAUAAGAAAUAUAUUUAAAUUGCACCAGAGUAGCGCUCUAAAGUUUUGUUUUGUUCCUCUGUAAUGGUUAAAUCAGGCUAUUUUUUCAAUGUUGUGAUCGCAGGACAUCCUAACCACUACGCCGGUUGUGAGCCUGUGUUUGAAAGUUACACUUGAUGUGAAACAACCAUCAAUUAUUGAAGAACAAUGUGUCUGAAAUAUUGUGUGUUAAAGGUCAUUAUUUGUUCUUUGGUUUGAAUUCACUUUUAUUGCUUACAUAUGUGGGCCUGCAAGUGCAGUUCUGACUGUAAAUACUGUGCAUAAGAAGCUACUAUUGUAUAGGUGUUGGGUCAAGAUAUGUAUCAAAACUCAUCAGUUCCCUGUUUGUCCAAGUGAUAGCGCCAUUGACCGUAUCUCUGUCGUACAUUUGUGUGUCUCCCUGCUCUGAUGUGCGUGUGCGUGCGUGUGUGUAUGUGUGGGCGUAUGUGUGUGUAUAAACUUGCAUGUACUUAAUUUCUGUUCUGUGCUUAGUUUCGUGUUUAAGUGUGACUUACAAUUGCGAAAAACAAAGGCAAUAUUCAUAUUUUGUUCAGAAAAAAUGUGAAUGUAAGUUAUCUUCAUCCGAUUUAUGGAGGUGAUGAAAUGUAUGUGGAGUCUGUAUUGAUGUGAGAAUUACUGAAUGAGUUCAGAGGUUUUAAAAAAAUGUGCCAAAUGAAGCGGAGUGAGCUAUAUUUGGAAAUGGCAGGGACU